UAUAUUGAGUGAAAAAGAACUAUCUUUUAGAGUGAUCUUAGAUAUAUCUGGCAUAUAUAGCAUAGGCAUAGGCAUUCAUCUGUGGUUUAAAAUUAAUAUUGGUGCUUACCUGGAAAUCAUUUAGUGAGUGUCUUAACAAGGAUCGAUCGGUCAUGGAUUCUAACAAAUCGUUUCUCAUACGAGACCUGCUUGGAGAUUUAAUUAGAGGCCGCACUUCUGAGAAAACAAGUCAACUAGAAACAUCAGAAUCUGAAGAUGAUGAAAAUAGUGAGAUCGACAUAGAAGACAGAUCGUCUCCAGAUUGUAGCCUUAUCGGAGCAUAUCAUCCUUAUAUGAGAGAUGCAGAUGGAACUGGUAUUGAUGUCGCGACUUUGCACUCUGGACUGAUAAUAAAGAACGGCAGAAAACCCCGUCGGCGCAGAACAGCCUUCACCCAUGCACAACUGGCCUAUUUAGAACGAAAAUUCCGAUGCCAAAAAUACCUAUCAGUAGCGGACAGAAGCGAUGUGGCAGAUGCAUUAAAUUUAUCGGAAACACAAGUAAAAACGUGGUAUCAAAAUCGACGAACAAAAUGGAAACGACAGAAUCAGUUACGCCUCGAGCAACUGCGACACCAGCAGGUAUCUAUGGAAAAAAACAUUCUUAAUGCGGCAGCCACAGUGGGGGGUACCAUCGCAAUGGUACAAAACCAACCACAGAAAACCAAUCCGAUGGUGGGAACUCUCGACGGUGCUUCUAGUAUACAGUGCUGCACAACCCCUUCCGGGCUUUCUGUAACAUCCGCAUUUAUAUCAUCAAAUCCGUGUAAUUUUCUGACAUCGGCCGCCGCUGCUGCCAUAUUUCGCAAUGUAAACUACGUGCACGGUUGCCCCAUGUAA